CCUCCUGUUGUUACUCCUGUCUCUUCUUUUGUAUUCUCUCCUCCCUCGCCGCCCGGCGCUUCUCUCCUCCUCCGGGCCGCAGGGGAGGAGGUAGGCGCGCUGCGCCCGGGGCCUGCGCGGCGCGGUGGGAGGCGUUUCUCCUACUUCUCCCGGGUAAUUUGGAGAGAUUGUAUGUGCGCGCGCGCGUGAGCUUAAGGCGAAAAGGGGUAGGAUCCUGCGCCAAGCAGAGAGGGUCAGGGUCUUUGACGUUCCUCACCAGCUGCACAAACCUCCCGGAACAAGUGUGAGUGUGGUUAAGAGUGCGCGCGCGCGCACGGGCUGGCUGCGCUUGGCAGGCUUGGUGGCCCGGGGCCCCAGGGCCCGGGGGCCCGCCUGGCGGCCCGGGAUUACCGUGACGUCACAUUGAGCCUCUGGCCACCUUGGACUGGGGCACCUCGGGAGCCGCACAGCCCCGCACCGCGCCUCACCUGGCCUCGCCGCCGCGCGCUUUUGGGAACCCGCAUCCUCUCCCUUCCCCUGCCCAUCCAUGGGCCCUUCUGUCUUCCGGACCACGCGGGCCGGAGGGGAGCCUUCUGGAGCGCAGGGCUCGGCAGCCAGGCUGCCUUCGGCUCUGCCUCCAGCCACGCCAAGCCGGCGGAGGACCCAGCACUGGGCACUGGCGACCGUGUAAGGAACCGAGGCCGCGGACGGCUGGAGGCGCAGAACCACGGGGCUGAGGCGGCAACCCGCAAGAGAAGAGGGCGGCGGGGUCACGGACAGUCACAAUGUCCUUCCCGCACUUUGGACACCCUUACGGCAGUGCUUCCCAGUUUCUGGUGUCUGCAAGUUCCAGCGCCACUUGCUGCGAAUCCGCCCCGCGCUCGGUCCCAGAUGUGGGCUCGGGCUCCACCCCGGCGGCCGCGCUCUGCUGCGCACCCUACGACAGUCGGCUGCUGGGCAGCGCGAGGCCCGAGCUGGGCGCGGCCUUGGGCAUCUAUGGAGCUCCCUACUCGGCCGCUGCAGCUGCCCAGAGCUACCCAGGCUACCUGCCCUACAGCCCCGAGCCGCCGGCGCUGUACGGGGCGCUGAAUCCACAGUACGAAUUUAAGGAGGCUGCCGGGAACUUUACAUCCAGCCUGGCACAACCAGGAGCCUAUUACCCCUAUGAGCCGACACUGGGGCAAUACCAGUAUGAUCGGUAUGGAGCAGUGGAGUUGAGUGGUGCUGGGCGCAGAAAGAACGCCACCCGGGAGACCACUAGCACACUCAAGGCCUGGCUCAACGAGCACCGCAAGAACCCCUACCCCACCAAGGGCGAAAAGAUCAUGCUGGCCAUCAUCACCAAGAUGACCCUCACCCAGGUGUCCACCUGGUUCGCCAAUGCGCGCCGGCGCCUCAAGAAGGAGAACAAGAUGACCUGGGCACCCAAGAACAAAGGCGGGGAAGAAAGGAAGGAGGAGGAUGGAGCAGAGGAGUUGCUGGGCUGCCUAAAUGGUGACACCAAAGACGUUACUGCUGGCCAGGAGGCCCGGGGGCUCCGGCUGAGUGACCUGGAAGACCUGGAGGAAGGAGAGGAAGAGGUGGCGGAUGAAGAGGAGGCAGUGGCCACAGCUACGGACAGACUGGCUGAGCUCCAUAAAGACACUCAGUCGCUGCCGGCGGCGCAAUGUGCCGCCGCUCGAGAGGGCCGGCCGGAGCGCAGGGAGUGCAGUCUGGCGGCACCCCGCUUCUCGUUCACUGAGCCCCCCAGAUCCGGAGAAACCGACUUCCUCCGGGCCGAGCCAGGAGGCCCCACGUUGACCAUGCACUACCCCUGCAGCGAGAAACCAUCGCGCAUUUGGUCUCUGGCGCACACAGCGGCCGCCAGCGUCGUCGUCGAAGGGGCACCUCCAAACCCGCCCCAGCCACGAAGUCCUGAGCACCAUCUGAUUCGCGGACUGCCUCCAGGCCCGGGCGCGCGACCCGCGGUCCCCAGAGACUCCGCGUGCCAAGAGUCUCCCCGAGUAGCCAAAGCCUUUGGAAACCCCACGUUUGCCCUACAGGGUCUGCCGCUGAACUGUGCGCCGUGCCCGCGGCGGAGGGAGCCGGCGAUGCGGUGCCAGUACCCAUCCGGAGCAGAAGCAGGUUAGCGCAAUGGCUGCGAUUAGCAGAAGCGUCCUGGAAAUAAGCCCUGCUUUUUGGAACUCACCUCCACACUAAGAAGCUAAGAGACCUCGCCAAGGUCUGGGGCUCUCACUUCGCCUAAGAGACAGAUACACAGAAAUAUUCCGAAUGGCCCUCCUGGCACGCAGAGGAGGGGAGUGGCUGGCAGAGGUCCCUCUUUUCAGAUCCCUGGAGGAGGUGGGAGGGCACCUUGGGGAAGGUCAAGUGGGAAGGCUGGGCGAGUGUGCCCAGGGCACCCAGCUCAGCACUCUAGUCUGCCUCUCCCCUCUGGAUUCAGGUCUCAAGUCACCCCCUCUCCUGUUCACUCACCCCAUCACCCUCACUUUGUAACUUCAAUGCUGACUUGGCUCCUAAGGACCACGCGUGUCUCCUCCCCUUUCUCACUCUUUGUGUCCUUAAAGAUAAUCCACCGAA